GCGUUUUUAAUCUUAUUAUUGUUAGCCAAAACGUUGCAUCAGUCGCAGGUGUAAGGUCUGUCCAAACCUUUUCCACUCAAUCUCUAACGGAAAACACUUUCCCAUCUUCUCUUUCUCUCUCUUCAAUAUUAUUCCAAACAAACAAACCCAUUUAUUUGAUCUUCUUCUUCUUCUUCUUCUUUGGUAUAUAUAAUACUCCUUGAGGACUCCCUUCUCUCCUCUCUUCCUCCUCCUCCUCAUCAUCAUCAUCAUCAUCUUUGGCUGGUUUCCUCUCUCUCUCUCUCUCUGCAAGUUUUGUAGCUAAUUAUUAAGCUAUCUAGGUUUUUUUUUUAAUUUAUUUAUGAAUCAAGCUUGAAGAGGGAAGAGGGAUUCAAGCUAGUUUAGUUGCAGAGCUAGAGCAAGAGCUAUAUAUAGCUAAUACAUAUUAACAUCGAUCAAAUAUAUCAUCAUCAUCGUCAUGUGUACCAGAGGCCAUUGGAGGCCAGCCGAAGAUGAGAAGCUUAGAGAGUUGGUUGAACGAUAUGGUCCUCACAACUGGAACGCCAUAGCCGAAAAGCUACAAGGAAGAUCAGGGAAAAGCUGUAGAUUGAGAUGGUUCAAUCAGCUGGACCCAAGAAUCAACAGAAGUCCAUUCAGUGAAGAGGAAGAAGAGAGGCUUCUGGCCUCUCACCGCAUUCACGGCAACAGAUGGGCCGUUAUUGCGAGGCUCUUCCCCGGUCGGACUGACAACGCCGUCAAGAACCAUUGGCAUGUCAUCAUGGCUCGCCGCUGCAGAGAACGCUCCAGGCUCUACGCCAACAGGGCUGCACCUACUGCUCACCACCACCACCACCACCACCACCACCUUAAUAAGCCAAGUAAUAUCGACCAUAACCGAGACAGGAUUAUGGUUAUGAGGAGCAAUAAUAAUAACCUUGUCUCAUUUCUUGACAAUUACGACACUAGUCCCAAAGCUACUGCUUCUACUACAACUCAAAGAUCAUACCAUAAUAAUAAGCACUACCCUUUAACUCUAGAACAUUCCAGUCCUUGUAUCACAUUAAUGCAUGAUCAAGAAAAAGCUCAGGCGGGGAUUGAGUUUUAUGAUUUUCUUCAAGUGAACGCUGAGUCGAACGGGAGCGAAGUAAUCGAUAAUAACGGAACAAUAAGAAAAGAAGAUGAGGAGGUGAAUCAGAAAGCUGCAGCAUUAAUGGGAUCACAAAAUGGUAGUGGUGUUUCAUUCAUAGACUUCUUCUCAGUUGGAGGUUCUUGAAUUAAUUAAUUAAUUCUCUUGGUCCUUAUUAUUACCAAUAUAUAUACACACACAUAUAUAUAUUCUGCUGAGCUGGAUAGGCCACUGAAAUGUCAAUGUAAAAAACACAUGAGAAUACACCUUAGGCUAACAGGUAACCACUAGUGUACUUUUAAGCAGAAACAGAAAGCAAUGUACUGAUGUUGAAAAAUGCAACGUCAAUCUGGUUAACACUUAUACAAACUCCUCCUGAACGGUUCUCAUUAUAUAUAUAUAUAUAUAUAUAUAUAUA